AAUUGUAGUGUUGUUAAAUUGUAACGCACACGGUAAUAUCGCCCAUCAUCGUCUUCAUCAUCCCCCGCCACCUUCGUUCUUCUCUUCCUAUACCUUCCCCACCAAAAAUCAACCAUUUUUAAGAGAUAAAAGACGUGGGAAUUUCUAGAUUACCGGUCGCUCUCGGUCACAUCCGCCAGAACACCCCAUGAUUCCUGGCGUGCGUCAGUGAACCUGGAAGACCGUCAGAUUCAUUCACACAGAAACUCUCUGCUUCUUCUGCAUCAGUUCGGAUGGCCCCCUCUCCUUUCGUAAGAGACACUCACCUCUCAACUCUGUUUCAUGUCUCUCAAACGUCAUCUUAUUGAAACCAACAACGCGUUCCCUUCACUUGCUUCUACAAGUCGUCCUUCCUCCGCUCCGUGCUUGUUGAUAAUUGGUUGUUUGGGUCAAGUUCCGGUGACAUGGGGAAUUGCCAGGCGGCGGAGGCGGCCACCGUUAUAAUUCAGCACCCUCAAGACAACAAGAUCGAGAGGAUUUAUUGGUCUGUUAGCGCUCAGGAAGUGAUGGACUCAAAUCCGGGUCACUACGUCGCUCAUCUCGUUAACUCCUCCACUCUCAGAUCUCCUGAUGGCACGCCUUUGAAACAUCUCAAGCUUCUACGCCCCGAGGAUACUUUGCUUAUCGGUCACGUUUACCGCUUGAUCAGUUUUGAAGAUGUUUUGAAGGAAUUUGCUGCCAAGAAAUGUGUGAAACUUGGGAAACUGCUGAAGCAGAGAGGUGGCAUGGAGAUUCAGAUGAAGAACAGAGAUUCCAGAGCUUCAAGUCCCAGUACCUUGGAGGUCGAAAAGGAAGUUCACCGAAUGGCAAGCAAUGGCAGAAGCAGCAGAAGCAAAGCUGUGGGGAGGCAUAUUGGUGGGGGUGGAGGACAGUGGAGGCCAGCCUUACAUAGUAUUGCAGAACUCGGAAAUUGAGCUCACUGUUACCCCAUCACUAAAUCAAACUCCAAUGAGCAAACCUUCUAUUCACUCUUUCCAUUACUUCGCAUGGAUUUCCUCUUUCUCCUUGUAAUCUACUGGACCUAGUGUUUGUGAGAGACUUGGAAGCUUCCCCUAAGGACAUUGUAUAUUAAACUACUUCUUAUGAGCCAUUCACUACAUCGUGCAUUAUGUUAUGUGUAACUGUAAUUUACGCAUUGUCCUUGUUUUCUUUCUGAUAAACUAAAGCCUAUGUAUGUCUCAUUUCGUUGGAUUGGAAAUGUUGCUUUUUCGUCGCAUUAA